UUGUCGUGUUUGCAGCAAAAAAACACGACAUCAUAGUAUCGUAUUUGCUGCUUGUCAAACCGAAAUUAAACUUCUUGUCGGGCGGAACACAGCACAGUUUGACUAGUAGUAGGAUAGUAAGGAAAAAUUGAUUACAUUUCCAUUUAUUAAAACGGGUUUUCUUACCAUUUUCCAACAACUAACAAAAGACAAAAACAAGCGAGUGUUUAAAUUAUUGCUCAAAGCAAUAAAAUAAUUCAUAAAAAAGUGUAAAACACAAAGUGCUCACACAACACACCCCGCCUCGUCACAUUAAAAGUUCAGCAGAUAUUCAGUCACCGAUUUUAUAAAAAAAAGAAAAAAAUGAGUACAACAAAUGCGGCAGCUGCUCCAGCCACACAAACUUCUGCUCCUGCAGCCAAACUUAAGGGUGUUGUAAAGCAGGUUUUAUCUGGUGAUACCGUUGUUAUACGUGCCCAUAAAGGUGCCCCACCACCAGAAAAACAAAUUACCUUCUCAUAUGUUCUUGCUCCCAAGCUAGCCCGCCGUCCUGGUGCCGGUGGUGAUGAAACCAAGGAUGAACCUUGGGCUUGGGAUUCCCGCGAAUUUUUACGCCAAAAAUUGAUUGGCCACGAAGUAACCUUUAGCUUUGAGAAGCCUCCAAACUCGAAUCGUGAAUACGGUUUCGUGUGGUUGGGCGAUGAAAACGGUGAAAAUGUCGUACAAACUAUGGUGAAAGAAGGUUUGGUAACUGUACGUCGUGACAGCCGUCCCCCAGAGCCCCACAAGCAAGAGGAAUUGCAAAAACUUGUUGAAUUGGAAGAUCAAGCCAAACAUGCUGGUCGUGGCAAGUGGUCCAAUGCUUCUCCCGCUGAUCAUGUCCGUCAAAUUAAGUGGACACAAGAUAAUCCCUCGCAAAUUGUUGAAAUGUUCGGUGGCAAGCCCGUAAAAGCUAUUAUUGAACAUGUGCGUGAUGGCUCAACAGUACGUGCCUUCUUGUUGCCCGACUUCUACUACAUCACUUUAAUGAUUUCGGGUAUCCGUUGUCCCGGUGUUAAAUUGGACUCUGAGGGCAAACCUGAUUUGAAGAUCAAGGUGCCAUACGUUGAUGAAGCCCGCUACUAUGUGGAAACACGUUUGUUGCAACGUGAGGUAGAGAUUCGUUUGGAAUCUGUUAAUAAUGCCAAUUUCAUUGGUACCAUCAUCCAUCCCAAGGGCAAUAUUGCCGAGUCUUUGUUGCGUGAAGGUUUGGCUAGAUGUGUUGACUGGUCCAUGGCUUUGAUGAAGGGUGGUGCCGAAAAACUACGUGCAGCUGAACGUGUAGCUAAGGAGAAACGUUUACGUUUGUGGCAAGACUAUAAAUCAAAUGCUCCUACAUUCAAUACCAAGGAGAAAGACUUUACCGGUACUGUUGUUGAAGUUUUCAAUGGUGAUGCCAUCAAUGUCAAACUUCCCAAUGGUCAAAUCAAGAAGGUGUUCUUCUCUUCCAUUCGUCCACCACGUGACACUCGUGCUGUUUUCGGCAACGAUGGCGAAGAAGUUGUUAAGGCUCCUCCACGUCCCAAAAACUUCAGACCUCUUUACGAAAUCCCCUUCAUGUUUGAAGCUCGUGAAUUCUUGCGUAAGAAAUUGAUCAACAGGAAAGUUCAAUGCAUUUUGGAUUAUGUAUCGCCUGCCCGUGAUAACUUCCCCGAAAAGUACUGUUAUACCGUACUUAUUGGUGGCCAAAAUGUUGCUGAAGCCAUGGUAGCUAAGGGUUUGGCUUCUGUUGUACGUUACCGCCAAGAUGAUGAUCAACGCUCAUCUUGCUACGAUCAAUUGUUUGCAGCUGAAAACCAAGCCAUCAAGGGCCAAAAGGGCAUGAACGGCAAAAAGGACAAUGCCACCAUGCGUGUCAACGACCUUACCGUCGAUCAUUCCCGCAUCAAGGUUCAAUACUUGCCUUCCUGGCAACGUGCUUUGCGUACCGAGGGUAUUGUUGAAUUCGUAGCCAGCGGUUCCCGCCUCCGUCUUUUCAUCCCCAAGGAUAGUUGUUUAGUUACCUUCUUGUUGGCUGGUAUCUCCUGUCCUCGUUCAUCUCGUCCAGCCUUGAAUGGCGUGCCAGCUCAAGAAGGCGAACCCUACGGCGAUGAAGCCUUGACAUUUACCCGCGAUCGUGUAUUACAACGUGAUGUCUCCGUACACAUUGAUACCACCGAUAAGAACGGCACAUCUGUCAUUGGUUGGUUGUGGACCGACAACAACAUCAACUUGUCUGUUGCUUUGGUCGAAGAAGGUCUCGCUGAAGUUCACUUUAGUGCCGAAAAAUCCGAAUACUACCGCCAACUCAAGGCUGCUGAAGACCGCGCCAAGGCUGCCAAGAAGAACAUCUGGGCCAACUAUGUUGAACAAGUGGUUGAAGAGCAACCCGUUGUUGAGGAGAAAGAAGAGAAAGUACCAGCUGAACGUAAAGUUCAUUUGGAAGAUGUCAUUGUUACUGAAAUCACCGAAACCUUAUCCUUCUAUGCUCAAUCAUGCGCCAGCGGUUCGAAAUUGGAUACUUUAAUGGCUAAAUUGCAUGCUGAUUUCCAAUCCAAUCCACCAAUUGCUGGAGCAUACACCCCCAAACGUGGUGAUCUGUGCGCUGCUCAAUUCUCUGCCGACAAUCAAUGGUACCGCGCUAAGGUAGAACGUGUUCAAGAUGGCCAAGCUACUGUUUUGUACAUUGACUACGGCAACAAGGAGGUUGUACCAUUCACUCGUUUAGCCGCUUUGCCAGCGGGUUUCACUAGUGAGAAACCAUUUGCCACUGAAUAUGCUUUGGCUUUGAUUCAACUGCCCUCGGACAACGAAGAUAAGGAAGAAGCUUUGCGUGCCUUCGCUGAGGAUGUACUCAACCGUAAGGUACAAAUUAAUAUUGAGAUGAAGUCUAGCACCGGUCCUUCCCUUGCAACCAUUCACGAUCCCUCUACCAAUAUCGACAUUGGUAAACAAUUGGUGGCUGAUGGUCUUGUGAUGGUUGAGAAACGUGGCGAACGCAAACUUAGAGAAUUGAUUGAUCAAUACAAAGCUGCCCAACAAGCUGCCUUAAAUGCUCAUUUAGCCAUCUGGAAAUACGGUGACAUUACACAAGACGAUGCGCCCGAAUUCAGCCGCUAAAGACGCAUUUUUCUUGCGCAUUUAGCUAAAGUUGAAUGUUUGUCUGCCACAUACCCGCCCUUUAAAACAACAACAACAACAUCUACAACAAACAACAACAAUACACGAAAUGAAUAAUUGAUAAACAACAAAACAUUAUUUAAAUGAGAAAAAAAAUAAAAACAAAUUCCCUUUAAAAAACAAAAGAAGAAAUUAAAUAUAUGGUAGAGGUUUAUAUACAACAUUAACAACAAACAAAUAUAUAAAAUUUAAUCGUGUUUUACAAGCUUCCAGUAAAAUAAGUUAAUACUACAACAAAACAAACAAAAAACAAUGUCAGAAAAACACCAAUAACAACAACACAAAAAAGCAACUCAGCAAUCAAUCAACAAAAUUCCUUUUUAUACAUAAAAAUAAAACAAAACUUGAGAAAAAGAUUCUAUACGACGAAUGUGUGUAGAUCGAUCUAAUCUAUUAUGAGGAACUCAUUUUUCAAAUUAUCAACAACAAAAUAUAUUCAAAUAUAUAUAUA